CAGCUAUAAGGCCUCCAGAGAGGAGGGGCCCCACUGCUCCCAGAGACGCCCCAAGAUGAAGACAGCCCUGCUGCUCCUCGUUGCUCUGGCAGUGGCCGCCGGGCCAGCCCGUGCUCUCCGCUGUCACGUCUGCUCCAGCUCCAGCAACUGUGAGAAAGCCCAGAACUGUGCAGCCAGCGCACGCUACUGUCGGACCAGCACCAAGGUGGAGCCCCUGAGGGGGAACCUGGUGGAGAAGGACUGCGUGGAGCUGUGCACGCCCACGAACACCCUGCGGGGCCAGGUGAGCAGCGGGGCGGCCACCACCCUGUGCUGUCAGGACGACUUGUGCAACUGGAGUCUGCAGAGCCGCGCGCCCGCCCGCACCCUGCUCCCCGGCGCUGCCCUCCGCCUGGCGCUGGCCCUCGGCCUCCUCGCCCUCCUCGUGGCCCCCAGCCUGUGA